AUGGCCCUGACUACAACCACUAUUGACCAUUUCCCUCUCUCAGAUCCCGAUCCUCCGCCAGCUGCUCCACCACCCGUCGUUAUUACACCAUGCGAUCCCUGGCCCCGUCCUUACUACUUAUCGGAGGGUUUACGCCGAGUUGCGCCGUACCACUACACGUAUAACACCUUUUGCAAAGAGCGAUGGCGCGGUCGAGAAAUCCUUGACAUUUUCGCAACAGAAUUCCGUGAUCGCACCAGAGAAUACUACAAGCAUGCCAUUGAGACAGGACAAAUUGCGAUCAAUGGCAAGCCCUGUGAAGAUACACACACGAUCGUUAAGAACGGAGAUGUCGUCUCCCAUACCCUACACCGGCACGAGCCUCCAGUCACAGCACAACCGAUUCGAGUAAUCUCCGAAACAGACUCAAUGAUUGUGAUAGAUAAGCCUGCUGGCGUGCCAGUACAUCCAGCAGGGAGGUACAACUACAAUUCUGUUGUGGAGAUCAUGAGAGCGGAAAGGCAUUAUGCCUUCAAUCCGCUACCAUGCAAUCGGCUGGAUCGAUUGACAAGCGGAGUCAUGUUUGUGAGCAAGGACAAGAAGGAGGCGGAGAUGAUCAGCGAGAAGCUUAGGGGCAGAACAAUGCGGAAAGAAUACGUUGCGAGGGUGAAGGGGAGAUUCCCGGAUGGAGAAGGAGAGGUCAAGGGCAACCUGGGAGGAGUGGUGAAAUGUGAAGAGAACAUCCUUCAGAUCAGUCCAAUAUUAGGCUUGAAUAGAGCAAGAGCAAGUGGAAAGACUGCCAAAACGCUCUUCAGGCGGAUCGCAUACUACUCACCCAAGCAGACCGUCAGUAACGACAACAGCACCAAUUCAUCAACCCCCAUCCCAUCUGAUCCCUCUCCAGCCCCACCCACAUCUUCAUCCAAACACCAGCCAGCAGCAGCAACACCGGCCGCACCUCUCCCCCCAAUUGAAUCUUCCUCCGGCUACAGCAUAGUCCACUGCCUCCCCUUAACGGGUCGAACCCACCAAAUCCGCGUGCACCUCCAGUACCUAGGCCACCCCAUCACCAAUGAUCCCAUCUACGCCAACCGCCGAGUUUUCGGCUCCAAACUCGCCAUCCACGACUCGUCCGCCGCCCAAGACGAAGAGAUCAUCCGCCGGCUAGCCAAGAUGGGAAAGACCGAAGUCGCCGACGCGAUUGACUAUGACAAUACCGCGGAUUCUGGCGAUGCGGUCGAGCGAGUUGAGGUGGAGCAGACGAUGCAGAUCUGCGCACCAUCAACUAACAGCACAAGCACAACCACCGAGCAAAACCCCAGCGAAGCCAGCGAAGGAACAAGCGAAAACGGCCAAAAAGGCGCCCUCCCCUUCUCCACCCCAGCCGAAUACGCCUCCUUCGUAUCCCAACACUCGGCCAUGGUGUCCGACUACAAGCGCCGCAAAGGCGAGCGCAUGACGGGCGAGAAAUGCCCCGUCUGCGACACGGACCUGUACUCCGACCCCGGGCGAGUGGGAGUUUCGGAGCCAGGUGCCCCGCUGGGCUUUGCCUCCUCCUCCUCCUUUUUCUCGGAGGCGGGGGAGGUUGGGGAUGAGGAGAAGGAGGGAAGGGAGGAUGCGGAGAGGGAGACCAGAGAGAUACUGGCGAGGGGUUGGGUGUAUGAUGGCAGUGAGACGCCGCCGGUGGAGAUGGAUCAGGAUAGGUUGAAUCGCGAGGGGGAGAGGAGGAAUAAGAGGACUCCGUGA